AACCCCGUUGAUCUCGUAGUCAGGAUGCUGUGCCAUGAUCAGCAUGUGAACGGUGUCAGUGGACAGGAGCACCCGAUGAAGCAAGUACGGUUUGCAAACAACAACAACAACAGCAACAGCAACAGCAGCAGUGUCCCUGUAGUGCUGACCAGCCCUGAACCAAGUGAUCCAACCGCGCAGCCAGUCAACCAGGAUAACCUGGGCCCUCAGCUCAAACUGCUUCCUCUGAACGACCAGAUCCGUGAAUUACAGACUAUAAUCAGAGACAAGACAACCAGCAGGGGAGAUUUUGUGUUUUGUGCUGACCGACUGAUCAGGCUUGUAGUUGAAGAGGGCUUGAAUCAGCUCCCCUACUCAGAGUGCACUGUGACCACGCCAACAGGGUACAAGUAUGAAGGUGUCAAGUUUGAAAGAGGCAACUGUGGAGUCAGCAUUAUGAGAAGUGGUGAGGCCAUGGAGCAGGGUCUCCGCGACUGCUGCCGCUCCAUCCGGAUUGGCAAGAUCCUCAUCCAGAGCGACGAAGAGACACAAAAGGCGAAGGUCUACUACGCCAAGUUCCCCCCAGACGUGUAUAGAAGAAAAGUGCUGCUCAUGUACCCCAUCCUUAGUACAGGGAACACAGUGAUUGAAGCGGUGAGGGUGCUGAUAGAGCACGGAGUGCAGCCCAAACAUAUUAUCCUCCUCAGCCUCUUCUCCACGCCUCACGGAGCCAAAUCUAUAAUCCAGGAGUUCCCAGAUAUCACCAUCUUGACCACAGAGGUUCACCCAGUGGCUCCGACACAUUUUGGACAGAGGUACUUUGGCACUGACUAAACAGAAGACAACGUGAGGAACAUGAUGGGGCAAUCUGUUUUGAGUAUAUUUUGUUGUUUAUUUAAAUGUAUCUCAUGUUCUCCUUGUUGUGCCAAAAUAAAUACUGCAAUAUUAUCUCCAUAGUUCCUAGAAUGAUACAAAAUUAAUAAUCUUAAUUGUAGUAAUGCUUUUUUUCUGCGAAUACAAGAAAACAACACUGAACCACAUAAAGAGUUCAACAUGGAGCAUUUUAUUUUGCAUGUUACAACAACUGAUGAAUCAAUAAAGAAUUUAUAUUUGUUAACAGACAGAACAGCAAAUGAAACAGUGUCAGUUUUUUUGGUGGUUCAGAGGCGUUUGAAAAAGGGAAGCGCCACAAUCACAUACUUCAAAGACAGUUCAAAAGGGACCAUAUAUGCUCUAGCAAUGCUGAACUCCUGUUUCCUGUUUGCAAAAUGGGUAUAAUUUGUCAUCUUCUCAUUUUAUAAAUAUCCUACUAUUUGAUAAAAGCACAUUGCUUCAAUAGUUUAAGUGUCACUUGAUGGAGCAAAAUAAACAGACACCGCCUGCAGCAGUUAUGAAUCAGUAAACUCAAUACACAGGAAAAAAGCUGAACAUUAUAACAAUAAAUAGACACAAGACGACAUGAAACACUCAACAUCCACAUCUUUCCUAAUGUUUUAUACAUGCUUUCAAACACCGAAUCAUACCUAAGAUAAAAACAACACAGUUUCAAUCAAUAAAUGACUUGAUGUAUUUCUCAGAUAUGAGCAGCAUUUGAUUUGGCUUACCCAACUCAUUAGAAAAACAGAUCUGAUGAAGCAAGUUAAAGUGUCAAGAUCAUACAGCAUAGAGGUUUGAUAAAGGCCUAACAUUUUACUCAUGAUGGAUAAAUGGAUAAACUCAAUGACGGAAAUGGUUUUCAAUCAAGUACACUGGCUAAAUACACAAGUCCAUAAACCAAACACCCUUGAUAAGGAGAAUCUGUUUCAAUGGUAUUCACAAUUUCAAAAUACAUAAACACAGGUAGUAAAAAAUCUGAAUAUCGUAUUGCAGAAGACCACUGAACUCUACCAACCAGUGGAUGAGGAUCAGUCAUUAUUCAUAUACAUAUACUGUAUAUACAUGUAUAGUAUGUAUAGUAUAUAUAUUCAUGUAUAUAGUUAUCUGCAUGUGUAAAAAGAUUGAAAAUGAAAAAAAAAAAAAAAAACAGACAUAGAAAAACCUAUGUCCUCUCCUAUACAUGAUUUUGUGCCUAUGAUGAAAGCUAUUUUCACUUUCUUAUCACUUUGCAUCCACACAGCAGUGUUAUCUUAAUAGGGAUGGAUGAUAUGGUAGAAAACAAGAUUGUGAUAAUUAAUUUAAAAAAUGUUUAUCACAGUAUGUUUUGUAUGCUCAUCCCAGACUUAAAAGUCAAAACUGAGCAGUGCAUUUUUAUUUUAAUCAGCACUGUAGCCACCAGCAUUUAAGUCAUGAUAUAGAGUAUAUUCAGGAUAGGAUUCCACUCAAAAAUAAUCGACAUUAUAUUAAGUUUGCCAUAAUACUCUGAGAUACUCUCAUCUUUAAUUAUCAAACGUAACAUGAACCAAAACUACAAAUGUAUGCUAGUUUUGAUUGCUGUCACUAGUCUGAUCAGACAUUGGUAAUGGCAUUCUAACUCAAAAGUUAAUGAUAAAAUACUCUGUUCAAACAUAUGAUAGGUUCUUUCGUAAAUAGGUGCCUAAAACAUUGGCACAAUCUACUCACAAGCAGGAUGCUGGAUACAUUCUUAGGAGAAGUGGACUCCCAAAACACAGGUAUAAAUAUAUUAAUAAGGCGCAGGUUAAGUCAGGUAUUCUAAUAUGCUUAUGUUCAUUGAAAAAAAUAAAAUAAAAUAUUAUGUAAAUAUGCUGCUAAGAUCUAAACCAGUAGAGGCCAGACAACUGAAUCACUACAAGAGACCUCUGGGGCAUUAUGGGUGCGAGGUCACAUUAGAUACCACCCUGCACAGACCAAGCUCAAAGGUGCAACACUGUAAACUCAACCCAACACUGAAAGAGAGGCAUAUAAAAAAAAAAAAAA